AAACCCAUCGUAAUUCCUCAAACCACUCCAGGCCCCAACAACCCCUUCACCCUCGCCUAUAGCCACGCCCUCUCUACCCACAACAUCUACCCCGCCACCUUCCUCUCCUUUCUCUCAACUCUAAACAUCUGCCUCGCCACCACCCCACCCCUCCAGAUCCUCGAUCUCGCAGGAGGAUUUGUGGGUAUGGUACCUCACCACAUCCCAGCCUUGAUAGGAGGGAGUCUUCAAGCAACCGCCAAAAUCGCUGGUGCCGUGACGUCCAAAACGCGUGUUGCGACGUGUUUGAAAACAGCUAAUGAAGAGGUUUUCGCACCAAAGGGGUUGAAGGUAGAGAUUGUGGAUACGGAAAUGCUGAAAAGGAAGUUGGGGAUUGAGGGGAGUAGACCUUUACUCGGUGAACUCGACGAGCGAGGCUUGGAGAUGAGUGUCAGAGACAGAAGACUCCAAGCUUUGCAGCCAUAUGUCGCGGAUUUGGAGUUUGAUGUUCCUGAACCAGCGAGACGAGAGAAUGUUAUUGAUAGAUUGAGUGCUUCGCAGCUGAAAAGACAGAUGGCAAAGUCCGAGGAA